AGAUUGUGAAGAAGAGGACGAAAAAUUAAACCAGGUAAAUUAAAGCAAUAUCAAAGCAACAAAACCGGAUAGUACCAACUGAAAAAGCCGCAAAUAUAUAACGACGUUUCUCUUCGGUCCCAUAGCCCGCCAUAAAUAAUGAUCGCUCCCAAAACGUUGAAAGACUGAAAGUACGCAAAAAUUAUCUUCUAACUGAACGCCGCAAAAAUAUAACGUUGAUAUAUUUGUCAGAGUAUGUGUUUCUAUGUGUCUGAGUAUGUGUUUGUAUUAAUCUCGUACCCAGAGCCAUCUUUGAGUUUCCCUGGUCACACGGGAUUGAACAAUGAUAUUGAUUGAUCGAUCCACGACCCAUAACUCUGCGGCGUUCAAGUGCGCGACCAAUAUCAGUGAAUAGAUUCAUGCCUUGCCGAUAAUUCGACAAUGGAACGUGCAUUAACACUUAACAAAAUUUCCAAUAAAGCUGUUUCACAUUUAUGUUGAUCUGAGUAACCCGGGGAGCAUUCAUGAUAUCUAGCCAUAACCCGUCCAGUUUAAUUCAACGUGAAUCCAGGUGGUGAUUGUCAAUAAAAUGGGCACCUACUAGUGAUUCUCACAAUCCAUCCACAACAAGGAACGUUCAUAUAGUUUAUAGUUACACAUAUAUUUUAGUUGGACCUCUACCUCCUCUUUUACUGCGAUGGGUUAAUGAAUGAAUGACAUUGGUCGUGAGACAAGUAACAACAUGCAUUAACCUAACUCUAAUCUCGUAUUUUUCAACCAUGUUAAACUAAUCCAUUUCCGACUUCCUUUUCAGGACAAUAACGACUUUGGAAAUGGCUGCGAUGAACCGUUACUCUUGAAUAACAUCCCAAACAACAAAGUAUCGAAUGACAUGGUUUUUGGUGGUUGUAGAGAGGAUAUGAAUGCAAGUGCCCAGCAAGAACAGUCGGUUUGAAAUAAUGUAGAAACAUGUUGAAGUAAAUACGUAUAAAACGGACCGGAGCCGGUUGUAUAAAAAAGUUAUUAAAGUUAAAUGUAAUUUGCAUGCGAUAACUACCGUUGUUAACAUAGGUAAUAGGAUGGUUUCGAGUACGUGCAUGCAAUUUGGAAACAAAACAUGCAGGAGUGAUUUUGUGUGUGUUGGUGUUGUGUACUCAGGUGAAUAUGAUGUUUGUGAUGUUACUCUGAGUGUGAAUCCAUUGCACCGGACAAGCUGAAAAGUUAGCUUGGCCACGGUGGGAAUGAUUGGCCACGUGGCCACGAUUUGCGGCCGGAUUCCUGAUUCAUGUAUUACUACAAUACGUCAUGCCUAAUAUGAAUUUAUUUUUUUAUACACAAUGUAUGUCGGGG